AUGUCGCAGGUUUACACGAAGGAUAGGCCACUUCCCUUCGCGGAACAGCGUAGAAGACUGACGGUGAGUAAUGUAGAUGCGGGUGGAAGCGCGCCGCCGGACGCGACGAAGCUUGCCAGAGGACGUCCGACAACUAAUCGUGGGCUGGUCCAAUUCAUGAAGGCCAACGAUCCCUUCGCGUGUGCUUGUACCGUAGUCGGAGGCCCGUCGCCAGCGUACUAAGCCGUUUUUAGGAUAUGUUGAAGAUGAUAUGGAUAUUUUUUGAAUGGUCGAAAAACUGUAAUUCUUGUUCUUCAUCAUGUCGUGGCCCAUAGGAAAAAUAUUGACAUAAAAUUAAGUACCGUUUUAUCUUUACUUCAAAAAUUGGAUAACGAACUAAAAACUACAGGCAAGGAGGUGGAGCAAAGACGUCGACAGGCCGUGUGUCAAUAAGCAGUGAAACGAGUGCGAACCAGGAGAGUUUCGCCGAAAAGACACAAGGAAAAGAUGGUAUAGAAACUUUCGUCGUAGUUCGACAAGCAUGCAUGACUAUGACACUCGUUAAUAUUCACCAGAUUUAUCAUUGAUUCAACUCUUUACUUCUAUCUUCGACUCUGAAACCACAUAACCCACAACGAACCACUGCAGGUGACCCAGACGCGUGCACCAAAGACAAGCUGACUGAACUAGGUGUCGGGAUUGGGUGUAAGAAGGGUAUGAAACCGGAAGCUCCUAACCAAGACAGCUACGCUUUUGUCCACUGCCCAGGCGAGUUCACUUUGUAUGGCGUUUUCGACGGUAUUUCAUUUGAACUUCUACUACUUGUGGACUUUCUACUUGGUAGGUCUUCUCCUGACUAUUCUAUCUUCAGCUGUGAUCUUCUAACGGCAAGCAUCUGGAAGACUUCCUGGUCUUCAUCUCUCCGCUGCCACUCCCACACAGGUCACGGUAUCAACGGUCACGACGUUUCGAAUUUCUGCAGGGAAUACAUGGUGAAAUUGUUCUUAUCCGAUCCCGACAGGGACACCAACACCGAAAAGGCUUUUCACAACAGCUUUCGGAAAGCACAGCAAAUGUUGGAGAACGAGAUGUCAGGACAAAUCGACGCCAGAACGUCAGGCACAACCGCGACCAUGGCCUACCGCUGUCUCUCGCAAGUGGCAGGACAAGAUGACUCCCAUAAGUUGCACGUCGCCCACUGCGGGGAUUCGAGGGCCAGUUUGGUUUUCGAGAGAAAAGGUAAGAUCUCUGGACAGGAGAUGACUCACGACCAUAAGCCGGAAACACCCGAAGAAAAACGCCGAAUUGAAUCAUCGGGCGGCUGCGUCAUCUUUGAUGGGUACUUUUGCUAUAUGAACCUGGUGGUAAAAACAUCAAGAAGUAAGAAUUUUGAGCGAAGAACACUGCAACAACAAAGUUAGUAUCCCCCCGGACGUUGUACUGAAUCGCAAAAAUCACCAUACCACUUCGCUCGUCACAGAUACCACAACGUCCAACCUUACCCUACACAGAUAAAUUACAGUCAUCGUGUCUUCAAGCAUAUCUACACACAUUAAACAGGUAUUACAACCAUCGUGUCUUCAAGCGUGGAACAGUGUAUCCAGGGUUGAACAUGUCCCGCGCCAUGGGUGAUAUUAUUGGGCACAAAGAAGCAGGAAUCGUGGAGACGCCGGAUUACAAAUGCUACAACCUCAAGGAGAUGCCUGGCGUCACAUCAUUCAUGCUCUGUUCGGUACUGCUUCUAGUCGGGCCACAUCAUAAUGCAUGCUUGCUUUGUUCAUAAGUGCUAGUCGAGAAAUAGCGCGAUGAGUGUACUGAUCUUGAAUUAUAUAUAAAUCGUCUGAGAAUAUCGCGAUUGUUUUAUUCAACAACUUCAUCUUCAUACUCCUUUUUUUUUUGUAUGUAACGUCCUGCGAGGGUUUACAACCACUUUUAGGUAAAAAUAUAUGUAACGUCCUAGUCCUACGUUGUAGUUUAUGAAGAUCUUCAUGUUGUUUCUGCGUUUUGAACAACACACAGGACGGCGUUUGGGAGUUUAUCGAUUGUGAUGAAGUGGCACAAAUGGCGAAUAAGCAUAAAGGUAAAAACGGCAAAGUGGAACCAGUCGCUGCUGCGGAAGCCAUCUGCAGAGAAAGCUAUCAGAGAUGGAUGGACGACACUGGUGGUGAAGUCAGCGACGAUAUCACAUGCCUGAUACAAGUCUUGUAGAUUUAAGAAGUGGUGGAGGCCUGCUUAGCAUUAAUAGAGGAGGAGCUAAAGCUAUAAUGGAUAUCGAUAGUUGUAAAUGGCUAUGCGUACUUACUAGUUAUCGGAAGAUAAUUUUACUAUUAUAUGAUCCGCCGGUCUCUUCGAAUUCUUGGAUGAGGAGUAGCUCUUAGACUUAGAGUUAGGUUCUUAGUUAGAAGUUCUUUUAGUGCCUUUCGAGUAAGUAAAACUAUUGCUAUUUUUUAUUUGUUGCUUCAACUUCAAUCUGUUCAUCAUGCUUUAUUUGUUACUGGCCAUAAUCACUCAUUGGUCCUCUUCGGCAAAAAUCGCGAAGAGUCAUUCAACAUAAGUCAAAAUUCAAUUAGAAAGGUACUCAGUAUCGGGAAUAGCAGUCAUCGGGAAUAUAAUUCGGGGGCAAAUUAAUGUACAGAGUCUUAUUGCCGCCUUGUUGUACUAAUGUUUGUUCUUUUUACUUCUUUAAAAAGUACGUACCUCCACAUCCACAACUAACAGGUCUAACACGACUAACUUGAACUGCUAAUUUUAGUGUUGUAGUGCUAUUUUCAUUCUCGAUCGGCGCUUCUACGUGACUACGAACUACACAUAGAAGGCGUGGUUGUUGUACGGAUGGCUUUUUACUAGAGCAUUGCAUGUAGAAGUAGAGCUAGAGACUUAGAAUGAAGGGGUAAGAGUGAAAAAAAGAUACCGAAAUCGAUAGGAAUGAAGAUAUUUUUGGGUUUUUAGCUGUACUUGAUAGAAAGAGUCGUUGUUUGUCUCGCACUGUAUAGGUUGAACAGUUAUUGUAUCGUAUUUUGUGCAAUUGUAUAAAAUAAUAACUGAGUUGUAUGUUAUUUCUUCUGCCCACGACAAGUCUAGAAUUAUUAAUUAGCAUGAUUAUUCUCCAUCUCUCUGUGCACCAUUGUCAUUCAAAUAAGUUCAUUACAACAGAACGAACUUCGUAGAAGUAGAGGUAAUGAAUUUUUUUUGUUCCUACUUGUUGAUUCACCUACAUAAACAUAUUCUUACAUCAUGAUAUCCAAUAAUCACGUAAUGAUGUACUAGUGACUUAAUGACUUAUUCAUUGUCCACCACGAUCACCAGGCAUGAUCAACAUGAGGAUGUGUGUCCAUCUAGUAAGACUAUGUCUUCGAACUUU